GGAGUUGAACAAGCAUCUGGAACUCACAAAACCGCUAAUAAGUUUAUUGUAAGUUACAUCGGAAGUCGUACAUUACACGCACACCUUCAAGUCAUUCCUGUAACAGUUUGAUGGUCGAUAUUUUUGCACUUUCUUGCUUGGCGUCUGACUCCGCCCACACAUUCCAGUCAGUCUAGUGGGUGAGGAAGAAGAAGAAGAGGAGGAGGAGAGAAAAGGAAGGCGAGACAGCAGCAAAGUAUGUGUUGAUGUCUAAGACGACAAACGGAGAUGAUCAACAAACACACUCGGACGUUCACGCUUCAUUAGCUCACUUUCUGGUGUCGACUUCCUGUUGAAACACACACGCAAGUUACGACGAACUUUUCUUGUUUGCUGUCGUGACGGAGGAGGACACAGAGGACCAUGGAGAUCCUGGACUCCACUGAAGCCUUCCUGCACUGGGACCGGAACCUCAGCGAGCUGUCCGAGGCUGCAGACAUGGACUGUGCUCUCUACACUAAUCACUUCUCCGAGCUCCUGGAUGACCUCUCCCAUGACGCUUUGCUCGGCCAACUCCUCAGCGACCCAUUCCUGUCCGGCGGGGUGCGAGGAGGCGGCGUGGACGCCAUGGAGGACGAGGACGGCGGCAAUCUGUCCCCGUCCUCGCCGCUGCCCCCGCACAUCACGGCCGAGCACAGCUACUCGCUGUGCGGCGACAGCAGGCCGCAGUCGCCGCUGUCACACCUGACCGGGGAGCACGGCAGUGACGCAGAAUCUGACGGCGACUCGGCCGAGUGGCCCAUGGACCAGGAUGAGGCCAUGGAGGGCCUCCUCUGCGACGCCCCAUCCUCCCUCCUGCCCACCUUCUCCCUCUCUCUGGGGUCCGCUGAGGAAGCCCAAGCCCCCGAGUGCCCCGUUGUCGCCGCCACCGUGACCCCCACCAGCCCGGUUCAGACCCCCGUCAGCAGCCCCCAUGACAGAAGCAUCAAGGUGAAGGAGGAGAGCGUCCUCCCUCAGAUUAAACUAGAACCUCACGAAGUGGACCAGUUUCUCAACCUGUCCGCCAAAGGUCUGGAUGCCCUCCAGAUGCCUCCCACCCCUCCCAGCUCCCACGGCAGCGACUCGGAGGGCAGCCAGAGCCCCGUGCACGCCCCUCCGAGCUUGUCCCGCCCCACCUCGCCCGCCAGCCCGCCUCCCACCCAGCCCAGCCUGAAGGCGUCCCCCCGAGGGAGCGCCUCCUCCUCCUUAUCCAACUCACCUCUGCUCACAGCCCCCCAUAAGCUUCAGGGCUCCGGACCGCUGAUGCUGACCGAAGAGGAGCGCCGCACGCUGGUGGCCGAGGGUUAUCCCGUUCCCACCAAGCUGCCGCUCACCAAGGCGGAGGAGAAGGCGCUGAAGAAGAUUCGCAGGAAGAUCAAGAAUAAGAUUUCAGCUCAGGAGAGCCGCAGGAAGAAGAAGGAAUACAUGGACACCUUGGAGAAGAAGGUGGAGACAUGCUCCAACGAAAACAGUGAACUCCGCAGAAAAGUGGAGACACUGGAGUGCACCAACAAGUCUCUGCUGCAGCAGCUCCAGUCCUUGCAAGCGUCACUCUCCGGUAGAGUCUCCAAAUCGUGCAGAGUGGCGACCACGCAGACGUCAUCCUGCCUAAUGGUGGUGGUGUUGUGUUUCGCUCUCUUUUUGGGUAGCUUCUACCCCAGCGGCCUCACCUCGUCCUCCAGCGUCGCCGAGACUGGCCUGGCCUCCAAACAGGUGGCCGUCAAAGAGUCCUACUCGGCCACAGUCAAGUCGAGAAGUCUCUUGUCCACCUUCGAAGACGACCCGCCGCACCUCCUGGGCCUGGGCGGCGAGUAUCCCGACCACUGGGAGGACACGCCCGUGGUUAUGGCAGCGUGGCGCCGCUCAGAGCAGCAGAGAGUGUCGCAGGAGCCGAGCCGGGCGGAGACGCACCCGCCUUUCAGGAGUAAAAGCAACGCCACACACACGCCAAAGAACCUGCACAGGCCUCUGGAGCAGAGGACGAACGAGAGCCGAAGUAAAACGCUCGCGCUGGAGCGAACCGUCAACGAGACCUCCUGAGGUCUACCCCCCCCAAGGAGCAAGAUUCAGUGUUCUUUAACAAUCCUCAGACUUCUCACUGCUCUUUUCUUUUAUUGUGUCGCUCCUCAAUCAGCCAACAGGAAGGAGUGACAGCACAGAAUCAAAAUAAUAGUAAUAAUAAUAUUAUCAAUGGCGGCGCGCUUGUUGAAGUAAAGCUGCACUGAAUAUGAGCGUUGUGUUUUGAUUAAACGUCGGCGCCGUCAGCCUUGCAUCAAUACACACAAGGAGGCUUUUUACAGGACACUGACUUCAAUAUUUAUAGAUUUUUUGUCUCCAAAGAUUAUUGCUCUGUACUUCUUUUCAUGUUGGAUGUUUUUAUGCCAUUCCGUCAUUCACCUUUUUUUGAUACUCGUGUUCAUGCUUUUAUUUUCUCCUUCCUUUUAUAAUAUAUUGUUUAUAGUUCCCGAAAGUGCCUUAUAGCAUUUCCCGCGCCGGUUUGAAGCGUAAGCGCUGACGCCAGCCAA